CCUAAACUUGAUCGCCAGUUUGAGAGCACUCUGUCGGCGCCCAUCAUGUCUCGGCUAGUAUUCUGCGACGGCCCCUCCUGUUUCAAGAAGGGUUUCAGCAACCGAUAUGCUUUGGCUCAUCAUCUACUCACUUCCCCGUCGCACCCUCACUGCUCGUCUUGCAACGUGGGUUUCAGGACUGAGUCUGGCUACGUCUUGCACUGGAAGAACCACAAAAACCACCGCGACAAUCCCGAAUGCGACAUCUGCAAGAUACGCUACAGGUCGUACGAAGAACUAGACGAACACUUCAGAACCGCUGCAAAGCACCCCAAGUGCCACCCGUGCAGAAAGGGGUUCUAUGACCGGCACUUGUUGCAUGUCCACCGGCUAUACAAACAUACAGAUAUGGCAGGCAAUCCUCCGGGUCAAGCACAAUCACUUGUACUUGCUCCCUCGAGUUACCCAGUGAGCGUUGGUGGGUCCGCGAGCGGGGGUGUAGGCGUGACCUACACACAGGGGCCGACAAAUCCUGUAACGCAUACCGCAGCACCGCAGCCGCUUCCAAUCCUCACUUCGGUUGUUGAAGUGAAUCACAAUAAUCCCGCACGCAUUACCUGUCCAUGUCCAGCGUGCGAGAAGCUGGUAUUCGCCUGCAAACAAGCUUUUACCGAGCACCUGAAGACCUCGGAUUCGCACAUCCAAUGCUGUAAAAAAGGAUUCAAAUUGGAAGGGCAUUACAUGGCCCAUAGGAAAACCAGUCCUGAUCAUCAGCCGCAAUGCCCAAUUUGCGACGAAUGGUUUUCU